UUCUGCCGAUCCAUCGCUUCCCAUUCUCUCUCAUCGAUCUAUAUCUCUCUCUCCACGCACACACAACACGCAGUAGGCGACCUUUCUCCAUUUUUUCUUACCUCCAUCCCAAAAUCUUCAAUUGAUUUCAUAGAGAUUUUGGGGUAAUUUAUUUUCUUGUUCGUAAAAAAAUCCGAAUUUUUAGAUUUUAUUGUUGAAGAUGAAGGACAACAAGGCAAACCCAUUGCGCCUCUCUUCCUUAAAUCACAUCUCCCUCGUCUGCAAAUCAGUCGAAGAAUCCGUUGAUUUUUACCAGAAUCUUCUUGGCUUUGUUCCUGUGAGAAGGCCUGGCUCAUUUGAUUUUGAUGGAGCUUGGCUGUUUGGUCACGGAAUUGGGAUACAUCUACUGCGAUCAGAUGAUCCUGAAACAAUGCCUAAGAAAACUGUGAUUAAUCCCAAGGAUAAUCAUAUCUCUUUCCAGUGUGAGAACAUGGCGAUGGUGGAGAAGAAGCUGAUGGAAAUGGGGAUUGAUCUGGUGCGGCAGAGAGUUGAGGAAGGCGGGGUGUACGUGGACCAGCUGUUCUUCCAUGAUCCGGACGGUUUCAUGAUCGAGAUAUGCAACUGCGACAACAUCCCGGUUAUACCAUUGGCUGGGGAAGUUGUACGCUCGUGCUCCAGGGUGAACCUGCAGCUGGGCCCGCAGCAGCCGCAGCCGCAGCAGAUCCAUCUCCCCGUGGUACAACCUUAGAGAGCAGCAGGCCAGCAGCUAUGUUAGGUGGGUUGUACGUCAUCGACGUUGUUAGAAAUGUGAUUUCGCCCAACUGUUUUUGUCUGUUUGUAAUCUUCUUCACUUUUGUUGUUGUCUUUUUUUUUUGGUAUUUGGCUGUAAUAAUAAGAUGCUUUUGUUCUCUCUUUGAUCAAGUUAAGAGUUCCAUUUUCAGUA